AUGCGCGCGACGUUGCGUAAAAGUAUCCGAAUCGAGCCAUUCACCCUCUCAAAUAGCAGCAGCAGCUCAGCCACACCACAAAAGAUUCGCUUACCAUCGUCUGCGCCUCUUUUGAGGUCGCCUAGCGGGGCAGUGGAAGUGGAGAGGAGCGACACUACCUUGGGUGCUCACACUUCCACAGUGGUCAGAGAAGGAUCUGUUGCGCAAGAGUUGUUGAGGAGACAAGCGCUGGAUCCACAGAAUUGGCCCGUCAAUCUGAGGAUCGAACCUCACGUGCACAGGAAGCAGCUCUAUUGGAAUGUGAGUGCAAACAAGGGAGACGAAGCUCUGAGCAAGUGGUUUGAGUGCAUUACCGCGUCGAUAGUCAUGCAAGAUGGGCUAAGCACAACGUGACGAAGCCCUACGCGCGUAAGCGAUGUGGAUGGUAUUGCGAGUUGUCCUCAUCCACUGUGCUACCCCAAUCGCAACAUGUUCGUCACUGCUGACUCUCGGUCAUCCCUCACCUGCCGUCUACAGACCCCGUCCGAUAAGCGCAAACAGCUCAUGAAGUUGCUCAAGUCUGCAUGA